CGGGCGUGAAAACGGAGUCCGCCUCCCUCCGCUGCCGGGGGCGGGGAGCGGGCGGACUACAGCUCCCGAAGGGCUGCGGGCGCCGAGAGCCCGGUGGCUUCGCUUCCUGCCCCCGCCUCGCCUCAUGGGCCUUCUGCGGCGGGAACCGAUGGCGGACGCCGAGCGGGAGCCGCUGGUGCAGUGCCCCGUGUGCCUGCGGGAGCUGCCGGGCGCGCACAUCAACCUGCACCUGGACCAGUGCUUGCAGGCCGGGGCGGGCGAGGGAGAGCCGCGCUCGCCGCCACCUCGCAAGCAGCCGCGCCUCGCCGCCGCCCCGCCGGGGAGACAGGCGGAGGGGGAGUCGGAGGAUGCCCGCCCGGCCGCCGGCCUCCCCGUCUUCUCCCUCUUCCACAAGGGCCGCGGCGGCGGGCUGAGCGGGGCGGGACGGGAGGAGGCCGCCGCGGAGCCCGAGGAGGGAGGCUCGGCGGCGGGCGGCGGGGCGGCGUUCCGCGGGGCCGGCCUGGCGCGGAAGCUGGAGGGGAAGCCCCUGGCCGAGCGGCUGCGACCGGACACGCUGGGGGAUUACGUGGGGCAGGAGCAGGUGCUGGGAGCGCAGACCCUGCUGCGGUCGCUGCUGGAGUCCCACGAAAUCCCCUCCCUCAUCCUCUGGGGGCCACCGGGCUGCGGCAAGACUACACUGGCACACAUCAUAGCUAACAACAGCAAGAAGAACGGCGUGAGGUUUGUGACACUGUCGGCCACAAGUGCCAAGACAAAUGAUGUUCGAGAUGUCAUCAGCCAAGCCCAGAAUGAAAAAAGACUCUUCAAGAGAAAAACCAUCCUCUUUAUUGAUGAGAUCCAUCGUUUCAAUAAAUCUCAGCAGGACACUUUCCUUCCUCACGUUGAGUGUGGGACGGUGACCCUGAUAGGAGCGACCACAGAAAACCCUUCCUUCCAAGUCAACGCCGCUCUUCUGAGCCGAUGCCGGGUGAUUGUCCUGGAGAAGCUCUCGGUUGAAGCAAUGGAGGCGAUUCUGAUGCGGGCCGUCAGGUCCUUAGGGGUCCAGGUUUUGGGCCAGGGCAAGCAGCACAGCAGCUCUGCGACUGGCAGCAGCCGCGAGAGCUCAGAAUUCCCAGUGUACAUAGAGGAGAAAGCUCUAAAUACCCUAGCCUACCUUUGUGAUGGUGAUGCAAGGACUGGGCUGAAUGGACUCCAGUUAGCAAUUCAGGCCAGAGUAGCAGCGGGGAAGACCACUCCUUUGAGUACUACCGAAGGUGAUUCUGCAGGUGUCAUUCUGAUAACAGAAGAGCAUGUAAAGGAAGGGCUACAGCGAUCUCACAUCCUGUAUGACCGAGCAGGAGAAGAACAUUACAAUUGCAUCUCGGCCCUGCAUAAGUCCAUGAGAGGCUCAGAUGAAAAUGCUUCCCUUUACUGGCUUGCUCGAAUGCUUGAAGGUGGUGAGGAUCCACUCUAUGUGGCGAGGAGGCUGGUGAGGUUUGCAAGUGAAGAUAUAGGGCUGGCAGAUCCUCUGGCUUUAACACAAGCAGUUGCUGCUUAUCAAGGCUGUCACUUUAUUGGAAUGCCAGAAUGUGAGGUCAUUCUAGCACAAUGUGUAGUGUAUUUUGCCAGAGCACCAAAGUCUAUAGCAGUCUACAGGGCGUAUAACAAUGUCAAAGAAUGUCUGAGAACUCACACGGGACCUCUGCCGCCGGUUCCACUGCACCUGAGGAAUGCUCCAACAAGGCUCAUGAAGAACUUGGGCUAUGGUAAAGGCUAUAAAUAUAACCCCAUGUACAAGGAACCUGUAGAGCAGGACUAUCUACCAGAAGAGUUGAAAGGAACAGACUUCUUCAAGGAACGAAAAACGUGACGGUCUUGCUCUGAUUGGGUUUUGAUUUUUAUGACUUGUCCAUUUGUACUGGGAUGGAAAUUCCUCUUAUAAUUGCAGCCAUCUCUUACUGUGGUUGAAAGUAUUAAACCACUGAGCCCUUCAGAUACUACAUUCUUCUCCUGGUUUUACUACUGUUAUUCUGGAGGUGUUCUGUAAAGAAUUGCAGUUAGGCUGUAUAGAAAUGAAAAGUUAAGCUUUAUCAGUAUAGUGCUGUCCCCUCUGGGCCACAUGGAAUGGAGAAGAAAUGAGACACUUGUAUUUCUGUCUCUUGCUGUGAGACGAGGAAUAUUAUUGUGCUGCUCUUUAAAAUCAAUUAUCUAUUUCAGAUUUUGAGACUGUUUACUUUCUGUAAGUCGUACCACCCCUGCUAAAAUACAGUAAACAGAACAUAAUUACAGUGUAAUUCUUGCUCUUACAAUGUUCCAGAGACUAAUUUUGUACAACAACAUUUAGUAAACCAAUAAAGUUGUUAAAAAUA